AUGGAACUACACAAAAAACGACAACCUUAUCAAGAUCCUAGUGUUGCGAUAGAUGAAUUCAUGGGCAUUGCUAGAGGUCUUGAAACAUACGGAAUAGAUCCCCACCCAGUAAAAGAUCAUCGAGGUUCCCAGUUAUAUAUUGGAAUUAAUUACUCCGGAAUUAGUACUUUUAUUUCUGGCAAACGGUCACAGCAUUUUCGUUGGAAUGAAGUUCAUAAAAUCAAUUUUGAAGGCAAAAUGUUCAUUGCUCAUCUUAGUUAUACAGAUGCAAGUAGGGAACCAGAUUUUGUAUACUACUUAUUGUGCUGUAUAAAUCGGAAAUUUGACCUGUAUAAUUACCAAUUUCAAAACGUAAAUCAACUUAAGAAUCAACUAAUUGUUCAUCCAACUCAUUGCAUUAAAAUAAACGAUAAUAAAAUUCCACAACAAACUCUUUGGAUUCUGCUGUUACAUAAUUCUUGUGCAUAUUAAAUAUAAAACCCGGUCGAAUGUUAAAAAACCGGUAAACCGGUUUUCGGUUUUUUAAUAAUCUAAUUACAAGAUAGCGUUUCUCAAAAUUUUUGUACUGGGGUAAAUA